AAGUCGAAAAACUCAAAAAAUCGGAUGUAAAGGUGUUCUUAACGAAGAUGUUUAAAUUAAGCGCAAACUUAUCCAGAGGCACUACAGUGUUUCUGAAACGUACAAUGUCAACUCAGGAGGCUGAUGUUUUGUUCGAGACAUUAAAUAAUGCUGGCAUUAUAACAUUGAAUAGACCAAAAGCUUUGAAUUCUUUAAACACAUCAAUGGUUUCUAAACUACUGUCACAACUUCAAGAAUGGCAAAACCAGAAAUCACUAGUCAUAAUCAAAGGAGCUGGGGACAAAGCAUUUUGUGCCGGAGGUGAUGUCAAAGCUGCUAUAGACAAGGUUGAAGGGCCAAGAUUUUUCAGGACUGAAUACAAUUUAAACUAUCUUAUUGGAAACUACAAAAUUCCAUAUAUAGCUUUUAUCAAUGGCAUCACUAUGGGUGGUGGUAUGGGUCUAUCUGUCCAUGGGAAGUACAGGGUUGCAACUGAGAAAACAGUGAUUGCGAUGCCAGAGACAAAAAUAGGCCUCUUCCCAGAUGUAGGUGGUUCUUACUUCUUACCUAGACUGCAGGUUAACUUAGGAUUAUAUUUAGGUUUGACUGGUGACAGAUUAAAAGGGAAAGAUGUUGUUAAAGCUGGUAUAGCUACUCACUAUGUUCCAAGCAAACGCUUAUAUGAACUAGAAAAGCUUUUAUCAAGAUGCACUAACAAUUCUGAGGUCAGCUCACUACUUAGCAAAUUCAAUGAGCCAACAGAGCAGUUUUCCUUGGCUGAACACAUUAAACAUAUCAACUAUUGCUUUGCUGCUUCCUCAAUUGAAGAGAUUAUUGAAAGGUUAGAAAAAGUGCAAAAUGAUUGGUCAAAGAAAACAUUAGAGACGCUGCAUACAAUGUGUCCGGGCUCGCUGAAGAUAACGUCGCGUGCGCUGCAGCGCGGCGCGCAGCUGGACCUGGGCCAGUGCCUGCAGAUGGAGUACAGGCUCGCGUGCCGGGCCACCACCAAUCACGACUUCCCUGAAGGUGUCCGGGCUCUCUUGAUAGACAAAGACAACAAGCCGCAGUGGAAGCCGCGCACUCUGCAGGAAGUAGACGAGGAUUAUGUGGAGGGAUACUUCAAGCGGCUACCUGAUGACCAGGAACUAAAGUUCUUUGAUGCCAAGCUUUAAACUUAAUCUCAAUGGGACAGAUCUAUUUAAAAAAGAAACCAGCAGUUUAUGCGCUGGAUAUUGUGCUGUCAAAGUCAGUUUUAUUCACAGUCGGUUAAUAACUCACCUGUAGUUAGUUUGUAUGCCAACCUUAUCCUAGUUAUAUUGAAACUGCAUAUUUUAAAUGGCUUAUGGUUUGAAUUUAGCCAAUGUUGAAUCUCGCUUACAAGCGUGCUUCGAAAAUAACCAUUUUCUAAAAGUGAUAUUAUUAUGAGUUUCAAUUGAUAUUGCCACUUAUUUACGACGUACGAUUAUUGCCAAAUAUAGUGAGGCUUGCGUUUAAGUGAGAUUCAAUGUAUAGUCAUGAAACAAAAGUUUAUAU